UUUUAUUAGUAAAACAUUGGGCAGGUAAAUCAGCGCAUGCGCAUUUGAAGAUAACACAUUCCCGCCCGCAAUUUGACUUGUGACAGUUGGAACUUUCGAAGAGGCGCUGGUGAGAUGGAAGCAUCUGCUGUGCACAAGUACAAUCCUCAAACCUAUCACACCCACUUACCAGCUGGAAGCUCCGUUUCCUCUUGCACUGCUUGUUUCAGUUAAAUACCCGAAGACAGAAUGAAAUCUACAUCAGUUGGAUGGAUCUUUAAAGUGCAAACACUGAGAUGUUACCAAUUGUUUAACACAGCUGGUUGUUCAUCAAGCCUCUGACCGGUGGAGGGUGGAGUAAUUAGCUGUGGCAACAUCUGGAUGGAGCUGCAUCUGGACCAGCAGACACAUGCUCAAACACAAACACACACACACAUGCUCACACACACACACACACACACACACACACACACACACACACACACACACACACACACACACACACACACACUUUCCCACAUGACAAGGCCUGAUUUCAUUUGCUCUUGUAGCUUCAGUCAGGAGAUGCUGGGGCCUUUCUGCUCUGUUCACUCUGUCCUGAAACUCAUGUGACCAGUGUCAUGUGAGGCAAACUAAACUGAAUCACUUUGAAGACUUCUGUCUGAGGGCAAAGUGAAGCAGCAGCAGCUAGGACCCCUGUGACUGUUUUACUGAGACCGUGACCAUGCUUUGGACCAGAACAUGUGGGACUGUCAGGUCCACGUUAGCAUCAUGGCUCAGUGAGCCACGUGCACCAAGCGCCUCCCUGCUGCCUCCCCCAGAGACACAUAAGACAGAGACAGUCAGACGCUUCCACUCAGCUCAGCACCAUGAGGUUUGAGGAGAUCCUGGACAGCGUGGGCGGCUUCUCCCGGUUCCAGCUCCUGCUCCUGUUCAUCCUGUGCCUCCCUCGGACCAUCCUCCCUCUGCACUUCCUCCUGCACAACUUCAUCUCUGCCACACCUCUUCACCGUUGUGCCCUCGGGAGCCUGGAGGACAAUGCUGAGCCCAGAGCGCUGGCCCUGCGGAUCCCCCGGCAGGACGACGGCUCCCUCAGCUCCUGCAGGGUCUACGACCCCCCGCUGGCGUCCCGACUGGACCAGCGGAACACCAGCGCCCCCUGCCCCCACGGCUGGGUCUACAACCAGUCCCAGCCCGGCUCCACCACAGCCACCGAGUGGGACCUGGUGUGUGACAACAAGCAGCUGAAUCAAGCUCUGGCCACCUACUUCUUCCUGGGGGUGACGCUGGGAGCGGUUCUGUUUGGGCAGCUCUCUGACAGGUUUGGUCGGAGGUCGGUCCUGCUUGUGGCGGCGAUAACAUCCUGCUUGCUGGGAGUCACCUCGGCCUUCUCCACCUCCUACACCAUGUUUGCCAUCACCCGAGCGCUCUGUGGUGUCGGUCUGAGUGGCCUGUCAAUCAUCUGCAUGGCCCUCAGUAUCGAGUGGACAGACGUGGCGCACCGGACCUUUGCCGGUACCAUCAUGGGUUUGACGUGGAGCGUGGGGAACAUGCUGCUGGCGCUGAUGGCCUAUCUGAUUCCUGACUGGAGACACCUGAUGCUGGCGGUGACGCUGCCCUGCAUCCCCGUCGUGGUCUCCUGGUGGUGGCUGCCAGAAUCAGCCCGCUGGCUGCUGGCCAGAGGCCGGCUGGAGGAGGCCCGGAAGUAUCUGGUCCAGUGUGCGCAGAUGAAUGGCAAACACAAGGAAACAUCCAAUCUGAGCACUGAGACUCUAGGGAAGGUGACGGUGUCAGAGGUUGCUGAGAAGAACCACUCCUACCUGGACCUGGUCAGGACCCCGGAGCUGAGGAAGAUCACGCUGGUUUCCGGAACAUUCUGGUUUGCCGUUUCCUUCCUGUACUACGGGAUCAGCUUCAAGAUCUCCGGGUUCGGCGUCAACAUGUACCUCACGCAGUUCCUCUAUGGCGUGAUCGAAGUUCCCGCCAAAAUCCUCACCUUCUUUGUCCUGAACUGGAUCGGCCGGCGCAAUGGCCAGGCCUGCUUCCUGCUGACGACGGGAGCCCUGAUCGGACUGAACACCGCCAUCCCUCUAGGUUACUCUGUGGUUCGGAUGAGCGUCGCUGUGGUGUCCAAAGGCUUCUCCGAGGCGGCGUUCACCACGGCCUUCCUCUACUCGGCCGAGCUCUUUCCCACCGUCCUCAGGCAGCGUGGCUUGGGCUACACCUCCUGCGUCUGCCGGAUCGGAAGCUCUCUGGCGCCGAUGUUCAUGCUGCUGGAGGACGUGUGGCUUCUGCUGCCGCCGCUGAUAUUUGCUGCCAUGGGGAUUGUGAGCGGCUGCUUGGUCUUCCUGCUGCCAGAAACACUCAACAUCCCUCUGCCUGAAAACGUCUACGAUGUCGAGGAGGGAAGACACAGACCGAGUCAAUCAGCUGCAAACAUCGAACUCAGAAAAAUGAGCCCAGAGGACACAGCGUCAGCACACGAGGACUAAGAUGCUGUCCAGCGUUUUUCGCUGCUGGUUCUGGUCCUGACAGCUCAGACAGCUGAGAAGAGGCUUUUAUUUUGAAAGGACCUCUUCCUGUGUGGUAUCUGCUAUGAGCUGCUGACAAUAGUCGAUCACCGAUAGAACCUGAUGUACCAGUAGAAUCUUAAACAAAUGACAUCAAAUGAAUCUUCUUCUUGUCUUUGUAAAAAAGCUUUUGAUUCCGAGUUUAUAUGACGUGUGAAAAUAGAAGAGAAAGGUGAACAGUG